UAAUGCAUCUGCACAUGACGGGAAAAUCACGUCUGCAUCCGCGACUCAUCCUCCAACCCAGAUUAUAGUGCGUUUUGUUUGCAACAACUUUACUGUCUUGGGCCUGCACAGACAUCGGCAGUUUGCAGAUAAAAUGGCAGUGGAGAAGCGCUUGGCAUUCUCUAUUGUGCAGUUCCUACGAGAUCAAACACACUGUGGUGCUUUGAAUUCAGAUGAGCAGGAGAGCCUCGAAGUUGCAAUCCAGUGUCUAGAGACCACCUUUAAGAUCAGCUCCAGUGACUGCCAUCUUGCUGUGCCACAGCCCCUGACAGAGAUUUUUCUCAAUUCCCUACUAAAGAAUGACAACAUAACCAUACCAGAGACAUCCCCAACUCCAGAAGACAUUGAACGAGCUGAGCAACUCAAGAAUGAAGGGAACAAUCACAUGAAGGAAGAGAACUACAGCUGUGCAGUGGAGUGCUACACAAAGGCCAUUGAUCUGGACCUAAGAAAUGCUGUCUACUACUGUAAUAGGGCUGCAGCUCACAGUAAGCUGGGAAAUUACACAGAGGCAACUGGUGACUGUGAGAGGGCCAUAGGGAUUGAUCCUAGCUACAGCAAAGCGUAUGGAAGGAUGGGACUGGCUUUAACUGCCAUGAACAAGUACCCUGAGGCAAUUUCCUACUUCAAGAAAGCUUUGGUUUUAGACCCUGAGAACGAUACCUACAAAUCCAAUCUGAAGAUCGCAGAGCAGAAGCAGAGAGAAGCAACCAGCCCAAUAGCUGCUGGACUGGGAUUUGACAUGGCGAGUUUAAUCAACAACCCUGCCUUCAUCAGCAUGGCUGCCAGCGUCAUGCAGAACCAACAAGUACAACAGCUGAUGUCAGGAAUGAUGUCGAAUGCAGUGGGGGGACCUGCAGCAGGAGUGGGUGGACUGUCAGACAUUUCCAGUUUGAUUGAAGCAGGACAGCAGUUUGCCCAGCAGAUCCAGCAGCAGAACCCUGAGCUGAUAGAGCAGCUGAGGAACCACAUCCGGAGCCGCUCCUUCAGCGGCAGCGCUGAAGAACACUCAUGAUCUACUCAGCAUCCAGUUUUAAAAGAGGAAGGGCAACCAUAUGACGCGAUUACAAUCUCUACACCCAUUUCUUAAACUCAAUUCACCGGCAAAGCUGGAAUGAGGAGACAAAGAUGGGGCUGAAGGCACUUUACUGUGAGCAGGGCUCUGGAGUGGGAAAGGCGGAGGCGGGGACGACCAUGAAUAGAGCACCCCACACAUCUAGAUAUCAGGGCAAACAGCAAAACAUAUUGUAAACAACACCACGUCAUAAGAGAAAGCCGAGAACACAUCCAGUACACUGACAGAACAUAGGAAAACUCUUUGGUCAGAGCUGUUUCAUUCCACAAAGAUCUGUGUUUAAUAUGUGCUGAAAAUACUGCCCAGUUUGUGUAAUGAGUUAAGGAUCCUUCUAUCUUGUCAUGCUGAGUAGAGGGUUAGGGUAAUAUGCAUUUCAGAAGCAUUGCAGGAAACUUUUCUGUUUCAUAAUUUUUUUAUUCUCAUGCAUUUUUUUUUCCUUUUUUAAAUUCCAUCAUGUUCAGUUUUCUUUUUUAUUAUUUUUAUAUUUUUUGUAUAAAGAUACGCUCCCAUUUGUUGACAAAGACCAUUCAGUUCUUCAACAUGUGGGACUCACAUCACAGCUUCCGACUAAAUACUGAACUAAUUAAUUUUCCAAUAAGAAAGUGUGUAAUUGUAUAGCAAUGUUUGCAGCCCGCGCCAUGUUAUGAUUGCACUUUAGCAAACAUAUUAUGUCAAUGCCAUUACCCCUUUAAGCCUAUUUAAUUGUUCAUUAAAUAGUAAGGAGAUAUUCUGAUUGUUCAUUUUGCAUGCUCUUAAAUCUGAUGUUUGAAAUCAGAUGCUUUAUGGGAAAAAAAAAAUAAGUAUGCUAGGGCAGCACAAUGUUUUGUCUAAAACAUGUCAAUAAAUAUGUCUUGAAAUGGAGAGUUUUUCCUCGUCUUGA